AUGCAUUUACUUAGCAAAGCUGCUGUCCUCCUCCUGGCACUGAGCGUCAGCGCCAGACCCAUCGAGGAGGCUCAUGCCGAGACAACGGCGCCCGCCGGUUAUGGAGACUACAAGGACUAUGGCUCCUACGGCAAGUACGGUGACUACGGCCACUACAAGCGCGACGAGGAGCCCAGCCCCACGACCACAUGCACCAAAACAGAAACUCCUGUUCCAGGAUACAGCAACUACGGCGAUUACGGAAACUAUGGUCAAUAUGGGGACUAUGGUCACUACAAGCGUGACGAAGAGCCCACCACAACCACCACUGAGACCCCAACUCCCACUCCAGCGAACUAUGGAGACUACGGAGACUACGGCAACUACGGCAAGUAUGGGGACUACGGAGAGUACAAGGUGAAGAGAGACGAUGAGCCUUGCACGACCCCCACAGAGACCCCGACUCCCUCUCCCACUCCCGCCGACUAUGGUGACUAUGGUGACUAUGGCAAUUACGGCACCUACGAGAACUACUAG